AUGCUUAACCCCGGUUCAACUGUUUUCGAGAAUAUACAGAAUUCAGGUCAAAGAAGUCAUGUGAGACUUGGUGCUUUAAGUUCUCAAAAAUCAAAGAAAACUGUCUUUAUCUCGGCUGGGAUGCUAUCGUCUGAUGUUCCUGUGUCAUCAUCACUGAAUUCUGUUGUAUCCGGUACUCGGGUUGUUCCAACAGAAAGGACACAGUUAGCAGGUAAAUCCAAUGGGAAACCUCUUUUUGCCGUGGGUGUCCAAAUUGGAGAAGAAAAAAUGGUGAGAACUCGUGGUGCUUCCUCUAAGAAGACUCCUACUUCUCAAUCCAGGAAGGUGCCCUCUCCAUCGCCACCUCCAUCUGUGUCAACAACGGCUCCAUCUGUUCCAGCACCUGCCUCAUCUGUUGGAAAGACUUGCAAAUCCAAGGUGCGCAAGAAGGUAUUCUCCCUCUCUCAUGAACACCCCAUGGUGGCAAAAUCAAAAUCUGUUUCAUCUUCUUCCAAAGCUGCUGCUGCUGGUUUGCUCAAAUUGCCCUUGAAGUCGAGCCAGUCCAAGAAAAAUUCUGUGACUCCCAAAAGGAAAUUGGGGUUGGACACGUCUUCUUCCCCCUUGACUGCUACCAAGAAAAGAUUGAAGGCUCAUCCCCCAUCUCUGUCUUCCUCUGAAUCUGACCCUGAGGAAGAAAAGUCGGAAUCAGAAGCAACCCGUGAUACCACAUUGUCUGAUGAAACGGUUCCUGACAAUGCAAAAUCAGAGGCUGAGUCUGAUGAGCCAGAAAAAGAAGACAUUGUUCCCUCUGAACAAGAAGCUGAAUCUGACUCAGAACCAAUUGCAACUCCUUUGUCAUCCAAGACUAAAGGAAAGAGGCCACUUUCUGAUCAUUCACCUUCUCAUAAACGUUCAGGUGUAAAUUUCAAACCUUUUUCUUCAACUUUUUGUUAUAAUGAUAAUGCUCGUGAUAUGGUUCUCUAUGCUCAAAGGAAAUUUAUCAUUGAGAGAUAUUAUUUCUUGAGUGAUCAUCGACCUUAUGGUGUGCUAACAAUGCUUCAAGAUCGAAAAUGGACAGGUUCUUUCGUUAAAUUUACUGGUUUUGUGGAUAGAAUAGUCAAGGAAUUCUAUGCCAAUCUUACUAAUGAAAUUAUUGAACCUAAAUCUUCUAUGUAUAAUAAAGUGUUUGUUAGGGGCCAUUGGUUCUCUUUUUCUCCUCAAGACAUUGCCCUUGCUUUGCAUCUUCCCCUUGAUGUCGAGGAUGAUGAUGAUGUUGCCUCUCUUGACAAGGGCACGAUUAUUACUGAAUUGGUAGGGAAAAAAAUGGUAUGGCCAUCUAAUACAGUCAUCUCGGUCUCUAAUCUCACCUACACUUAUGCUGUCCUCCAUAAGUUUGCCACAACAAAUUGGAAGCCCACUUCUCACACCGCCACUAUCUCUUUUGAUAUGGCUUCAUUUUUGUACAAGGUGGGGACCGGUCUUGGUAUAAAUUUGGCUUUGGUUAUUCAUGAUCAAAUCAUUGGUUUUCGCAAAGGUAAUAGGAAAAACUUGAAUCUUCCUUUUCCUCAUGUUAUUUAUAAAGUGUUGAGUAUGCAGAAAAAAGAUCUUCAACGUGAUCAAGAAGAUUUGGUAGCUCCCACUACUGCUGCUUCCAACAAGGCCUUUGCUGGCGUUACAUCUGCUCCUCCUUCUGAAGCCACUGUUGUUCCAUCAACCAAGAAAGUCAAGUCCCAAUCUCUGAAGUUUGCCUCGGAUGACAUUCCUCAUGCGUCCUCCUCUGUUGCCACAGAUUUCGGACUUGUUGCAUUAGAAAUAGCUGCUGUUCCAGCCUCUGUUGAUUCCUUGGCUGCUCGAGUGAUGUCAAUUGAAGGACUGCAACGUUCUGUGUUGGAGGCUGUUCAAUCUCUAUCCAAAGAUCCAGUCGUUUAG